UAAUCAAAACAGGAUGUUCUUAUCAGGUCGAUCACAAGAAACAAGACUGUUUGACCCUAUUAAGCAAACAGAUUUUCGACAAUGUCUCGUAAACAUUGUUUCUGUAUUGGCUUUAUUGUAUCAAUUUUAUCCGUCACAAAUGGAGCAAAUAUCAAUAACAAUUCCCCUCUACAAAUUCCGGCUGCUAUGCUGAGUUACUUGGACGAGCACUUCGCCUCUUUGACAUCGGACCUAACUAGGCGUGUUGAGGAAUUAGAAAGCAGACAGGCUGAAGACGCUCGACGUAUUGAUAUUCUCGAACACUUGCACGCUAGCGAUGUAGAUCAGAUGAUGGUCAUGAGACGGGGCAUGGUUGAACUGAGGACCGAUAACGAGGAUCUACAUAAUCAAGUCGGCACUCUUCAGAAACAACUCGAUACACAACAGACAUCCACAACGAAAACCAAUGCCGCGACAACUGCAGUAGAUUACAACACUAGCAACGUCGUCCCUCAUACACCAGAGGUUCUUCUAGAGAACAUCAGUUCAGGAUGGACCGAAGACAACAACGUUACCGAAACGAAUUCUAAACCAUGGUUUAGAAGAGACUCAUAUGGAAACGGAAAGUGGGAGAAGAACUUAAAUAGGAUCACACGUACAGGUUUGACAACUAACGACUAUGCUUUCCACGCCAUCCUCGGACAUACUUUAAACGAUCCUGGUAUUGAGCAUGCGAUUGCGUUCGAGAACAUCAUCACGAUGCUGGGCGGGUACUACAGCAAGAAUACAGGCGCCUUCUCAUGUCUUCAGGCGGGCGUGUAUGCCUUCCAUUGGUGCAUGCGGUCCCUUCCUACAAGUAGUUACAUGUACACAGAGCUUGUCCGAAACGGAGAUGUCAUCGGCACUGCCGUUGCAUAUCAUGCUUCUACAGGUUCAGCAUCAGCCGUGGUACAACUGAGCGUAGGAGAUGAGGUUUGGGUCAGGGUCGGCACACAUUCAAGUGGUGCAGAUAUUGAACUGAAUACUUCGAUGUUCUCUGGAUACUUAAUAAAAUAGUUAAAAGA